AUGGCAAAAAUCCUCCCCCGCCCUAAUUCUUCAUUUCUUCCUUUCCAACGGAGGGAGAAGGGAGUAUGCGUUGGGAAAAGGGGAGUGGUGGAGAUUAUUGUUGCUGUUGAUAUUAAGGCUAUUGUUACUGCGAGUGGUGGAGUUGAGGGAGGGAAGGGUAGUAUGUGUUGGAGAGGGAGAGUGGUGGAGGUUGUUGUUGCUGUUGAUGUUAAAGUUGUUAUUGCUGUGAACGGUGGUGUUGAGGGAGGAAAGAGAAGUUUGAUACCUGUUCUUCCUUCUUCUUCUAAACAACAUCAUGACAAUGGUGGUGGUCUUCCCCGGUGGCUGCAAGUGCUUCUAACAGAGAAGUUCUACAACGCUUGCAUAGUUCAUGAAGAAGCAAAGAAGAAUGAGAAGAACGUUUAUUGCUUGGAUUGUUGCAUCACUCUCUGCCCUCACUGUUUAGCCCCACAUCGCUCUCACAGACUCUUGCAGAUUAGAAGGUAUGUGUACCACGAUGUUAUAAGGUUGGAUGAUGCUGCAAAGUUAAUUGACUGCACUUCUGUUCAAUCAUACACAACGAACAGUGCAAAAGUGGUGUUUAUAAAAGAAAGGGCACAGACGAGGAACUUUAGGGGUAAUUCCGGCAAUUCGUGCAGUACUUGCGACAGAACCCUGCAGGACCCAUAUCAAUUCUGCUCUCUCUCUUGCAAGAUCAACUAUCUUAUUGGAAGUAGGGGUAGUCUCUCCGGGUACCUAUAUGAGUGCAACUAUUUGCCCUUCAAUGAAACCGGGUUUGAUGAUGGUCAAUUGACAACUGACUCGGUUCUUGAACCGGCUGGUUCAGUUUGGACCUCAUCCGGUUCAGGUGGAUGUGUUGGUGGGGUUGAUUGUAAGACCACCCUUGCUUGCACUGCCACCACAGAAAUUGUGAGAAAAAAGCGAAGUUCCGGUUCGGCUAGUCGUCCAACCGCACAGGUUUGUCGACCGGUUCAUGACAUUUUGGUUGGUCUUCCGAACCGGAGGAAAGGGACCCCACAAAGGGCCCCUCUUUAUUAAGUGAUACUAUUUUCCACUGAGGGUGGAGAUUGUGGGGGGAAAUUUUUCUUCAAUUUUAUUUGAUGGUAGAAAUUGGAAUGGAGUGUUUAUUUCAUUGAAAGACAUCAAGGACACAAAAAUUUUACCUCAACAAUUUUACUAAUUUUUUGGUAUUUUUGUGAAGUAUAAAUGUUUGUGUUCAGUAUGUUUUAUAAGAAUUUUCAAGACAAGUAGACCUCAAAAUUCGUCUUUGAGUAAAUAGUUUUGGGCACAUUGGUAUUUGAAAAUUAAAUGGUUUCUAACAUCUAAUAAUUAAGAUCUUAAAGUUGACUAUUAUAGGUGAUAUUAUUAACUUGACAGAAUUAAAAGAAGAUUUAUUUUUUACUUUUCAAAUAUUAAUGUGUCCUGUUAUUUGUUCAAGGAUUGAGUUUGUGCGUUUACUCCUCCAUUCUCUGCCAAUUGAAGAUUUAAACAAAAGUUAGAUUGAAGAAAAACCCUCCCAUUUUUGUGUAUUCCACCCUUAAUAUUCUCUAGUUUGAAGGAAGUUAAUUGUUAUGUACUAACCUCAAUGUGGGUAUAUGGU